GAAUCUUUCCACGGAGACUUGUAUAUAUAGUGGAUAAGGUCUCCGAGAGGUGUGAUUUCUGUGUGGUAAGAAGCAUCUGUCACGUUCCGGCCUGUCGGAUCUGUACAAUAAAUGUACGAAUACGGAGUAUCAAGUGGUUGAUAAAUGACACUGAAGACUUGGUACAGACGGAGUGCAAGGACAAGAUGUCAUAUCCCUCGUUCACAAAAACAUACCACCACUCAUCUUACCCAGCCAUCAGUCCUUCGAGGCCAGAGCUAUCGGUCAAGGACAAGACGGUGAUCGUGACGGGAGCUGGCGAUGGAAGCAUCGGCGGGACGGUGGCUUUGUCGUUCGCGCGAGCCGGAGCAAAGAAGAUUGCCCUGAUCGCCAGGACCGAGACUUCGCUCGAGGCGACAAAGGCCAAAAUUGCAGAGGCGUUUCCCGACGCCGAAGUCAUGGUCGUCACGGCCGACGUGUCGAGGGCAGAAAGUGUGGGAAUGGCCGCGCACAGCAUACGAGCCGGCCUGGGAGCUUGGGACGUCUUUGCCCACUGUGCCGCCGUCGCACCCACGCACACCACCAUCGCCGGCGCCGACGAGGACGAAUGGUGGCACGCUUUCGAGAUCAACACGAGAUUUUCGUCGCAUUUUGCAAAACAUUUCUUGCCCAAGUGUCGCCCGGGAGCCACCUACAUCGGCACCAACGCUGGAGCGUGUUACCUUCCCGCGACCAAGUUUCCCAAAAGCUCGGCGUACUGUGCGUCGAAGCUCGCCACGGCCAAGCUGGACGAGUUCCUCGCCGCCGAGAACCCUCAGUUGCGCGUCUUCACCGUCCACCCGGGAGUCGUCGAGACCAAUAUGACGAAGGGUUUCAUCGGGUCCAGACGCUCAGGCGUCGUCCUGGACGACGCCGAACUGGUGGGAGAUUUCAUGGUGUGGCUGGUCUCACCGGAAUCAGAGUUUCUGAGGGGUAGGUACGUGUGGUGCAACUGGGACGUCGAGGAGAUGAUUGCCAAAAAGGCAGAGAUCGAGAACAACCCGACCCUCUUGACUAUGACGCUGGGUGGCUGGCCCUUUCAGUAAUCAAGGAGCUGGAGGUGACGCUCAUGCUGUCGUAUGCAGCAAGUGGGUGUCAAGUGUCAAGCGUUAAUCAUUGAACCAAUACUCUGAAGAGAUACCAGGGCCGCGAGCUUGUCAAUAUCUUUACUCUGUAUGCAGCAUGAACUUUUUCCCGGGACAAUUGAACAUAACAGCUGUCGAAAAGUGGACUUUGU